UGAGAGUGAGCCGCCAUCAUGAAGAUCUCUGUCGUCAUCGCCUGCGUCUUCCUGUGUUUCGUCGACGUCCAGAUGUCCAAACAAGCAAACAAAUAUCCAGACUUUGAAUGUUACGGCAAACGCAUAACUGAAAUAAUUGAAAAAUCCGAAAACAAGUUGAAACUCGUAUGCGAUGAGGACGAUCCAACGGAACUUGAGGAGUGUGAAGAACGUAAGUCCUUGCUUUUUUUCUCUCUCCAAUUUUCCUUAUGAAAAUGUAAAUUUACAUUUCCCUUUGAAUUCAAAAGAUCUUGCACAGGACGCUUAAUUUUGAAGUGGAAAGAAUUACUAAAGGAAUGUUUCUUGAUUUAGUGAAAAGGAAACACACUUGAUUUCCAAAAAAUACUCCUUACUAACUGUAACAGCAAACAAAUGUUUUGUUUUGAAAUAGAAAAAUGGAAAAAAAAUUAUUUGACAUAGAAAUAUGGACCAAUGGUUUUUUUUCAUAGAAAUAUUUACAAAUAUUUUUUUUUUCAAAUAGAAAUAUGGACAAAUAUUUUGUCCUCUACGAUAAAAUCUUCUAGCUUUUAGCCGUUACAUGGGGCAUAUACAUAACGAGGAGGAACUAUCAUUAUUUAUACAAGUUAAUUAUGCAUGGCUGCAUAAACAUAAUAGGGAAAUUCUUAUCGCCAUCCUUGAAGCCCGGUAAUUUGUUAAAUAAAUGUUUUAAAAAUGGCUUGAGCCCUAAGAUUCCACAUAAAGCCAACCCAAACCUCUCCCCAAACCUUUUCCCUUAAACCCAACCCAAACCUCUCCCCAAACCUUUUCCCUUAAACCCAACCCCUCACUAAUCUUUGUAGCAAUGCGUGGUUUAAGAUUUUAAAAAAACACACUUCAAAUGACUUUAUUGUCCCUUAGAGCUAUCAUGUGUGUGUGUGUGUGUGUGUGUGUGUGCGUGUGUUACGGGCAGUGUGAAUUAUUGGGCAUUACUCAUAAUGCUUGGUUACUAUGAAUAAUGACCGAUAAAAUCGGCCAAUUUAAAUAUUUUGUAAUUGUCUACAACAAUCUAGGAUAAUUUAUUACAUUGCCCGGUCAUUAUAAAUACUGCUAUUAUUUCACUGGUCACUUUAAUUAAUUGCACACCAGGAUCAUUUAAUUAAAUUUAUUCAACUUCAACCUCUUAAAAGCAUAAGAACAGAAGAAGUAGCUUAUGUGCUGUUGGAUAUUUUAACUACUUUUGGUGCGCCCACUAUUUUGCAAAGUGAUAAUGGGAGAGAAUUUGCUAACAAUCCUAUGAACGAACUAUGUAGCAUGUGGCCCAUUAAGUUAAAGAUGGUGCAUGGGAAGCCCAGACACUCUCAAAGUCAGCGCUCCGCAGAACAUGCAAAUCAGGAAGUGGAACAUAUGCUUUGUUCGUGGCUGGAACACAAUAACAGCAGAAAAUGGUCACAUGGUUACGUUUUGUUCAAAUUAUGAAGAACAGAGCUCAUCAGAGUGGCAUCAACUGUACUCCGUAUGAGGCCAUGUUUGGAACAAAGUUAGCAGUUGGUCUAAAAAGUUUUCUACCUACAUUCGUUCUACCUAAUUUAAAUUGUGAAGAGGACUUAAAAGAAAUAGUAAAAGACUUACAUUCUGUAGAAGAAGGUGCACUGCGAAAUGAACCAGGGUCAACUUCUUUAGCGGAGCUAGGUCCAAGUCAACAUAACGAGGAGGAACUAUCUUCUAUUGACAAUUAGGUUCAACCUUCAACUUCGUUAUCUGAACCAAGUUCCGAUUUCCAUAACAACGAAAGAGAAAUAAAUGUCUCCGAGCCAUCCGAUAUUCAAGUCUCCGGUCAUGAAAAACGCCGGUAUGACGGUUAUGAAGAUCCCUCAGAGGACCCCAAUGUGAUAAAAAGAAAAGCUGACAUAUUAAAAAUUUGGCAGAUUUCAGCUAGCAAUCUAAGAAACAAGAUGAAAAAAUGCUAGAAGCCUCUAAUUCAAAAUACCCUCAUGCCGCUAAAAAGGGUGACUCAGUUAGAGUUCGAGUCCCAGAUGUCGACAGAGGUCUCACUGAUGGAAGAAAUAUUUUAUAUAAAUAUAUAUUAUAUUCUUGAAAUAACAGAUGACAAUCUUUAUCAUUUAGGCACGAAACAUGGAAUCCUAAAUCAAAUUUAUGCUAAAAACAAUUUACAAAGUGUAAUGAAAAGUUUAUUUAUGCCGAAGAAAUUCCUCAUUCAGAGAUUUCACUAAGAGAAUGUGCAAGAAUGUUAUCCAAUACUGGGGGCCAAGGCUAUCGUCGAUGUGGCUGUAAAUGUGACAAGUGCAAGUGCCGCAAAGAAAAAAGCUAUGUAACUCGAAAUGUCACCAAAGUGGCAGUUGGUCUAAUAAAUAGAACUCUAGGAUUUGACAUGUUGUGUGUAUAUGUAUUUGUAAGCACAUACCUAAUAUUUUUUUUUUAGUUAGGCGUAUGCAUUUUUGAUACUUAUUUUAUCACAACCAGUUUGUAUUUUUAUUUGUUUGUUAGUUAUUUAAAAAUUUGUUUGAUUAAUAAUAUACUCUUACUUUUUGUAUGUAGAGAAAUAUGAAUACAAAUUUUCUCAAAUUGCCCACUCGAUUUCCAGCAUCAUUCACAAUGCCCGGACAAUGUUUUAUUUUCUAUAUAAUUUAUCAUAUUGAAACAUCCCUUUUGGCACUUUUUAAAUUGCCUGGGCAUUAUGAAUAAUGCCCAAUUAUUCACAUUGCCCGUAACAUAAUAUAUUUAAUGUGCCAGCCUUAAUGUACUCUGACUAACUUAAUCAUAUUAAAUGCUUUUUUUAAAACUUGGCUUUGGGUGCGCAGAUGGCUCAUGGGGCCGAUUCUGGCGUGAAAUAUGCGUGUGCAGUAAGUGCUGUGGAUAGAUGGGACAUCUCCAGGUGCAGAGUUAACACUUGCUUUUCUGGCAAGUCCUUUGUGCACUACAGCCGCUGUUCUGUUGAAUCAUAAUAUAGUCUCCCAUUCAACUAAAUUACUUCUCUUUUUAAUUAAGAAGGUAAUUUUUAAUUAAUGUAAUCUAAAAUGCAUUCAAAUAUUUUUACUGUUCUUUUUUUUCAUGGUCGGCUGGCAUGGGAAUGACCACAGAGUGGACCGGGAUGGAAAUCUGGAGCACGAUUACUUUCAAGUGUCCAGAUGGCUUAUUUUUAAGCGGAAUGAGACUGCCAUAUUAUAAAGAGCACAAAGACUUGGUUGUUAAACCCUUAUGCUGCAAGAUCAAAAAUGAAGUCGUCCGGAGAUGUCGUUAUUUAGAGAAAACAGCCAAAAAAUCUCGAAUCAUUCCAACCGGAAGAGUCAUGAAUGGCUUUCAAACCGAAUACAACCACAAAACAAAAAAGAGAAGCUGGAAGUGGUCGACUUGUGCACGAGACAAAAAAUAAUGCGUUUUGACGUGAUAAAAAUCAACAGGAAGCUCAAAACAACAACACACACAAAAAUUGAGUUUUCUUUUACUUAAGGCAUUAAUACGAAGUUGUUGUUUUUUUUAAUGACUGCAUCGAAAAUGUUGAAUCACCU